AUGCUUAGUCCGGCUACAAUGUCAGAAACUGCGAUUUCCUCCGUCGUGCUCAUCGUCAGACAGUAUCAAAGUGUGGUAGUUGAUAAUAGCACCCUUCUUGGGCAACCUCUCUUCCUAAGCAGCCCCGCCCUUCAUCCUCUCACCAACCUCGUAGCGCCCUUCUUCACUGCCAUCGCAGACGCCAGCAAUAGCGAAGACAGAGCCAUCGCCGUCCUCAAUUGGUUCAUCGUCAGUUCCCCUUUCCAUGGAACGGUCAUGGAACGGUCGCGGAUUCACUGA